AUGCCUGUACUCCGAUCUCAGUGGAUGGACUCUCUGGACUGGCAGAGAGAUUCAGUUGACUGGGUCAACUAUGCGUACCGAGGAUUUAUAGCGCCGCGACUGGAGGUUACCGGCCGCAUGGCGAUGCUUGUGCUGGCUGCGGUGGUAUGGGCUUUUGCUUGGCUACUAUGGCGGACAUACUCCGUACUUCACACGCCCAACGAUGUCCUCGUCGACAAGCUCGGCCUUGACAUUCCCCCGCAGCCGCUCGUGACGCUUGAAGAGAUUUCGUCAUCGGAGGUACAGAUCGGAUGGAAGCCAUCGGAGGCCUCUACGGCAAUACAAGAAUAUCAGGUCGAGAUCAAUGGCAAGAUACUCGACAGGACGAAAAAGAGCGAGACCGCUGCUGUCAUCUCGCAUCUUCAACCUGGUCGGACGUACGAUAUCCGUGUCUUCAGCGUGAGUGCCGGACGGUUCCAGACACCCAGUCCUGCGCUGCAUGUCAGGUUGCCACCCUCGUCGCAGCCGGCUUCUGAAGAUGGCGCGGCCGAGGCUUUGCCGACCGUGCGUGCGAUCGCUGCACGGGCGCCGUCGUUGCUUGCGCCGGCUGCUCCGACGAUGAUGCGAGAGAAUUCUAGUGGCCCAGCUGGGAGGAGAGGCACAACUGGCCGCCGGGCAUCGCCUUCUGGUACUGUCGAGCCAAAAGAGGAGGAGGACAACGAGAACUUGGCAGAGCUAUCCUCGCGGUUCACGGCUGUCCGAGAGGAGAUCGAGGCUGUGGAAAAGCAGGUGCAGGAAGAGAAAGCCGAGUACGAGGCCCAAAUGAGAGAACUGGAGGGCAAGAAGGAGAAAUUGCGACAAGAUCUGAAGAAACGAGACGAGGAGAGCAGUGAUCUGCGGAAGCAAGUUCACAAGGCGGAAAGUCAGAAUCGGUCACUUCUGAACGACAAGACGAAAAAGGAGCGAGAAUUGAAGGCACGGGAGAACGAGCGGCGAAAGAAGAAGGAGGACGUCGCCAAGUGGGAGGAGCAGAUUUCGACAAUGGCUGAAGAGAUUGCUGGUAUAGAAACGCAGAAGGCCGCCAUCAAGCGACGAAACGAAGCCAAUGUCCGAGAGAUCCAGCAGAAUGUCGAGGAAAAGCGGAAAGAGGUGGCGGCACUGGAGGAAGAGGCAAAGGAGAAGACGCAACAGAUCAAGAUGCUCGAAGAGGAACGCCAGCAGCUUGAGAUCGAGGACGAGACCGAGGAGAGCCGUGAGGCCAGUCGUCAAGAGCAAGAGCGAGAAGCGCAGAGGAGAAAUCGACUGACUGAGCUACUAGGCACCAACGCUAGGUUGUGGGCUGAUCUACAGCAGGCGUCGAUGUACCUCAACAGCACCAAGGACCGACUACAUUACUAUGAGUCUAUGCGGCAGCACAGGACAAUCUCAUUUGCGCCGACACCUACGCCACUCAACCUCGAGCCACAACGGCAAAGAUCUGGACGUCGUCCGCGGCAAGUGGGCUCCUACGGAAGCAGUGCCAGUGUCUCGUCUCCACGAGGAGCUUUUGGGUCUGAACCAUUCCCUGCGGCUCCUCAAUUCGCCACGACGAAGGCUACCUCGCCAACAGGGUUCAGCAAUGGCUACUUCGGCUUCUCGUCAGCGCUGAUGAUGCCCAACGAGCAAGCCACAACGCCAGGCGAUGAGCUUGAGACGACAGGCUCGGUGCCGAUGAGUCCGCACGCUGAUGCUCUACUUCCGGCUGAUUUGCUAGGGGAUAAUUCUGAUGAGGAUCAGGAUGCCAUUGAUGAAGACGUGCCGCUGCAGCCGACUGCGCCGACCAAUGGCAAAUCGCGAGGUGCACCAUUUCCGAAUAUUGGAUCGCCUCUAUUGCGGAACGACAUUGAGCCUGCUAGGUCUCCUUCUGGCGGAUCGUCGUCCAGACAGUCCUUCUCGAGCCCACGAGCAGAAGGAUUCGCAGAUCCGGAACGGAAGUCCAUUCAUUCUGGGAAAGAGAAGGCGAGCGAUGAGGAGGCACCAAGCAACUCUCGCAAGUUCAUGUACAACCUGUUCAACCUUAAUAGGCAACGAGGCAAGACUUUGGCAGACGAACCGCCUACACUCGGCAGUCUGAAGCCUGCUCAGAGUCAGUCAUUCCCACGGAACUUUGACGAUCUGGAUGCACCUGGUCAGCCGAGGAGACGGCUGAGCUAUGGCGGAACGUGGGCUUUCCCUGGCAGUUUCCUCCGAGGCGAGAAGGACUCAGAACCAUCCAGACUUGCUUCGGCCAGUCGACGAGCAUUUCCAAGCCUUAUGGGACUGGGCAAAUCGAACGACUCAGACUUUACGCCCAGAACAAACUCCUUCGACCCGGGCAUGCGUGGCGGCUCGAAUUCACCUCGACCGUCUUCCAUCUACUCUUUCGACAAGAUGCCUCCACCUGGACGAGACGCUCUACACGUGUGGAACACGGACCGCAGCCUGCUGCGCAACAGUCCUCUAGCACCAGACUGGGGCUCCAUGCACUCCUUCUCCCGCAGCCACUCUCGAAGGCCAUCAAUCGGCUACGGAGGCUCAACCACAAACCUCAGCCUCAUGAGUCCAGAUGAUCAGAUAGUCGAACCCAUCCGCGAACCAAGACCUCUCCAAGCACCCAUCGGCACCCGUCCGACGAGCCAACAGAAGAAAGAAGCCGCUACACCACGCCUCAACCCCGCCGCACCCAACUUCACCUCCCUUUUCAAGAAAUCCAAAGGCGAGAAGAUCAAGAUCCGCGACCCGCGCGACCUCGAUGCUCCAACAACAACAGCGUCGAAGCACUCGAUUGCUUCUCUAUCCAACACGCCCACGAACGACAACAACAAGCCGGAGAAGCCAACACUCAUGUCCCGCAUCUCCCGCACGGCGUCGACGAAGACGUACUCGAGCAUGAAAUUCGGGUCGUGGAAGGACAAGUCUUUCUUGGGUAGCAAGUCCUCAAAGGAUACUAUGCCGGAGGGCUCUGAGCCUGGUGGUGAAGACGGGCCCAACACCGGGGCAGCCAACACUUCGACCGACCAGUUAGGGUCACGGAGUGUAGAGAGUCGAGAUUCGUUGACGCCGUUUGGGACUGGUAGCGGAAUCAUAAACGAGGAGACGGGUAGCAACAAAGGCGGGAGUAGCACGCCGAAGGAUAAGGAUAAGAGCACGCGGACGAGUAUCAAUUGGAACUUUAUGAGGAAGAGUACCAAGGAGAAGGAUGCGAAGAAGGCUAAGGACAAAAACAUGGAGGCGACGCCGAGUGAGGUUAGUGUUAGUGAGGCGAGUGUUGGUGGGCUGACUACUGAUGAUGAUCAUGAUGAUGGCGAUGGCGAUGACAGGCGGUGA